GAUCCCCUCAAAAAAACUUGAACAUGAUUUUGUGGUAUUCAGUUUUUAUUCCACUAAAAUUACAUCUGGAAAAUGGGUUAUUGAACAAGGAAAAAUAGGAAUGAAACCUCAGUAUCCACUUCCUUCAUGCUAAUGUCAUGUCCUAACUCACACCAGCUGUGAAUUCAAGUAUGUCACCACUCUUAAGUGAUGAAACUCCUGAAUGUUUAGAAGAAAAUCACAGGAUCGGCACUUGUGCAAAAAGAGCACUGGCUCCUAUUUUCUACAGGCCACCUUUGUCUGUCUCCUUGGAAGGUAGAGACUGUUAAUCCAAUCCCCAUCAUUCCUCUAGGUCAGGCAGUCAGCCAUGGCACAGAGCACGGGAAGGAGGCGACGGACACCCAGCGCCUGACCUGGGGAAGCCGUUGCGCAGCCUGAUGGCACGGCCAGCCCGCGUCCUGACGGCCUCUGCCCUGGGGUACUUCAGCCAGCUUCCUUGGGCGAGAUGUGAGGAGAAUUGUGUCAGUCCUGAACAUUGCCUGACCACAGAUUGGGUACAUCUCUGGUAUAUAUGGCUGCUGGGGGUGAUCGGCGUCCUGCUUCUCCUGUGCGGCCUGACUUCCGUGUGCUUCCGCUGCUGUCUGAAUCACCAGCAAAGUGGAGAGGAGGAGGGCCGGCCACCCUAUGAAGUGACAGUCAUUGCUUUUGAUCAUGACAGCACCCUCCAGAGCACGAUUACUUCCCUGCAGUCAGUGUUUGGCUCUGCAGCUCGAAGAAUCCUGGCUGUGACUCACUCCCACAGCUCCCUGGGCCAACUGCCCUCUUCUCUGGAUACCCUCCCAGGAUACGAAGAAGCUCUUCACAUGAGUAGCUUCACAGUUGCAAGGUGUGGGCAGAAAGCAUCUGAUCUACCCCCGGUGCCAGAGGAAAAGCAAGUGCCUCCAACACAGCAGGAGUCUUCUCCAGUAGAACACUCUGCAAAUUGAUGGGGAGCCUGGUUUCAUAAAUGGUGGACAGGGUUGGGGAUGGUCUCCAGGGUCAGUAGAGACAGACAAAGGGAACAUUUUUUUUCUAACUUUCAGAAGAUUUAGGAUGACAUCUGAACAUCAUUCAGUGGAAAUGAUGGAUUCCAACUCUUCACCUCUAGACACAUGUACUUUCUGAUAUGGAGUGCUCUAAUCAGGAACUCUCAUUCCUUAUCCAAUGGCCAAAUUUUGCAACUAAUCCCUAGCAAUGUUAGUUACCACUGGAGCAGGAAAGCAUCGAAGGUAUCUUGAAUUCCUCCAGACACUGAGUUCCCUUACCCAUACGAUACUGCAGGUUGCUCUUCUCUGCCAGCUAAUAGAUUAUAACAUACUUGACAAAGACAAGAGUGUAGGCACAACCACAGAAUUAGUGCACUUAAUUCGUGCCUCCCUUCUCUUGAGAAAAUGCUCACUUUUAUACUGAAUGAUAAUGAUAAUUUUGGAUAUCAAGAAUACCUUGGCAGGCAUCCAGAAUCUGGGGUGGGAUUGCAGGUACGGGCUAAGAGAACACACUAUAUAUAGUAUUGAAGUGCCAAGCAUCAAGGUCUUUCUUUCGCCCUAGUCCUACCCACUAGCUGUUGGAGAAACUGCAUCCAGUGCAGUAACAGUUCUACUAAUUAUUCAGUUCCUCUGCCCAGCAAACACACAUACACACACGUGUGCAUGUGCACACGUGCACAUACACAUGCACACUUUUCAAACUCUAAAAGAAUAGCAUUGUUUUGUUUCUUUCCUCCUUCCUGCUUUGAUGGCUUGAAGCCAAUUGUCUGUAGUGACACAUGCUAGUCUCUAGUGGUGGCCUUCACUGCCAUCUAGUGGAACCGUGGUAAAAAAUGAAUUUGCCUAUUUGAGCGUAUCUGCACACCUCUUCAGUUCUGGGAUCACUGACUGAACUUAACCUGGAUGGGAUCCUUUCUAUGCCACUAUCCUGCUGUGUAACGCUAAGCCAUCCACAUAACAUGCUACCUUCAAAAUGUAUUGAGGAAGCGGAGCGUAUUUGGGGGAAACUAUUUACCAGGGAUCUUGGAUAAGUCCCUCAGUUCUGUAAGGCAUGAUCUUCUCAUCUGUAAGAUAGGAGAUAAAACACAUAUAAGCUCGAUAUAAAUGACAAGAUUUAUUAAGUACUGUGCACAUAUAUUUGCUGUUCUUACUGUUGACAUGUAAUUUUCACCUGCCUGCUUCAGUUCUCCUGAGAAUUAUGUCCUGAUUUUUCCUCUUGCCUCCAGCCUGUGAUGUUAUUGCUAAGUCACAUCUGUAGUAGCUUUAUUUCACCAAUAAAUAUUUGUUGAUUGAGAUAAACAACUAAA